CGAUGUAACGCAUUCAGAACUUACGCUACUCCGGUUGUUGUUUUCUCCUGUUUUCAUGCUGCUGAUUAGCUUCUCUGUUAAAAGUAAUUUAAUUAAUAAGUAUUUGCAUAUCUAUCAAUAUGGCCUUUACAACAAAUAUGAUUCAGGAACAGGCUCAAGUCAAAGAUCGCGCCGAUGAACUUCUAUCAUUGUGUAAAAAAGCGGUUGCUGACUGUGACAACGUUAAACCAACACUUGAUUCACUUGACAAAUUACGUUUUAAACAACGUGGCUCUAAAGUUGGCAAAAAUCAAUUAAAGUCCUUAUACAUACAAGCAAUUAGUGAAGCUGAACAGCAAAAAGCUACUCUUAUUGCUGCUCUAGAAAAAGUAUCAGAAAUCCGUGCCCUAGAGUAUAAGUUGAGAACACACGUUGGUCCAAAAAGUUUUCGCCGUGGUGUGCUAAUGUCAGUUUUGCAAGAAAAUGCCAAAUCGAUUCCACUCUGGAUAGGUAAACCUGGUGAGAGUCCUCCUCCUCUUUGUGGUGCAAUCGGACCAUCAACUGAUAUUCCUGCUAAUCCUGGUGAUCACGUUGCUGCUCUUGUCCCAGAACCUGACGUGGCAGCUGCCGCUUGUAAUUUAUCUGAAGGUUGUAUACUGGCUGAAGUUGUUUCAUACAAUUCUGAUAAAGAAAUUUAUGAGGUAGAAGAUGUCGAUGCUGAAGAAGGAAAAGUGCCAAAGCGCUACUCUUUAGCUCGUUCCAAAGUUAUACCUUUACCAAAAUGGAAAGCUAAUCCAAUUACAAAUCCUGAAGCAAUAUUCAAUAAGGGUGCUACUGUUUUGGCACUUUAUCCACAAACAACAUGUUUCUACAAAGCAAUCGUUGAUGAAAUCCCAACUCAUGUACAUGAUGAGUAUUCCCUUUAUUUUGAAGAUUCGUCCUAUCCUGAAGGUUAUGCUCCAGCUAUUAAAAUCCCUCAAAGAUAUGUUAUUCAAUGUCCUGAUAAAGAAGCAAUGACGAGUAAGCAUUUAGACAGAUCAAAAAAACGCGGUAAAAAGCCAUAAACUAACUAUAAGAUGAAAUUACUACUUAUGAUAUUAUAUUUUUUCUAUCUUACAAUUGUAUGUAGAUGUGUAAAUAUAACUGCAUUCUUUGUUCUUUCCACAUCUAAGCAUGGUAAUAUUCAUUUUGAAAACAGUAACUUCAAACCUAUGCUAAAAUAAUACGAACAAAUACAAAUUCACACUGAUAUAUCUACUGAUUGACCUGAAAUUCAAUAUCUAGCAAUCUAUCGUUCUCAAAGUGAGCUGUUAAUGAUACACAAACAAACAACGUCAUAAAUAUUUCUUU